CAGCAGCCCCUACCGUUUCGUCUGCCUGGUGCUGAGACAUGUCUGGAGGGAACUGUUCUGGUCGAAUGCUUUGACCCUUCUCUACUAUUCAUCGCUUCUGCUCCGAAUUCCGCUGUUUGUCGGCCUACUGGAAGGUACCAGCAGCUUCUCCUUCUAUCAAUCUGUUGCCCUCCUGUCUACCUCAUGCAUUGCUGAAUGCCUCGUGUCAAGCCUGCAGUCUUACUUUAUUGCGCAAAACCAAGUGAAGGCACAGCUUUUGCUUCAGACUGCCGUAUUUCAGAAGGUUACGUGCCUGUCAGCCACUGCUAUUGCCGAGAAUCCUGCAGGUCACGUUGCUUCGCUGUUGGCCGCCGACAGCUGGCAAAUUGCAGUGGCCCUUUAUUUCCUGCCCAACACUUUGAUGGGCGUUGUGUGUGUGGCCAUAGCGCUGGGUGUACUUGGCGUUCGCAUGGGGUUCACAGCGGCGGGUGUCUGUUUCCUGUGGCUGGUUUUCGUCGCAUGUGCAUCGUUCUCUAUGGAACCAUUGCUUGACAAGUACUGCAACAUCCUUUACAGAUAUCGAGAUGAGCGACUGAAAAAGUUCAGUGAUUUUCUGUCCGUUUUUCGUCUGGUGAAGAUGUCUGCACUUGAAGACGUGUUUCGAAGUAAGCUCCUUGAACUCAGAUUGAAGGAGAUAGACCAAGCGUACUGCGUCAAUGUACUGGACAGCCUUCUGGAGACUUUCAUUAGUGCAUCUACGUCCGUGAUGAUCAUUAUUGCUUUUGCAAUCGUUACGUUCAUGAACCCGGAGAAAAUAUUUAGCCCAGCUACAAUAUACUCAUGUAUGUACAUCUUGACACUGAUGGAUGUUUUCACAAAUACGAUGCCCCAUGCUGUCAGGCUGAAGAGCCCGGUUUUUCGCAGCUGUCGAAGACUAAUGUCAUUUUUUGCUGAUGAAGAGUGGAACUCUCAAGCAAUUGAAAACACUGGAGGACACGAAACUGCCACUGGAGAAAUCACCUUGAGUGACUGCUCCUUUGCCUGGGCAAAGGAAGGCUCGGAGGUGGAUCCUCCUGUUCUUCAGAAUAUCAGCGUCAACGUGAGCAAUGGUUCCAUUGUGGGCAUCGUGGGUUCUGUAGGAAGCGGGAAGUCUUCGCUCUUGUCUGCUGUCUCCAGCGACAUGAGACGCCUGAGGGGAUCCACAGCGCUUAGAGGCACAAUUGGUGUUGUAUGUCAAAGACCUCAUGUGUUCAACAUGACCAUAAGGGACAACAUAAUCUUCGGCAGAAAGGUCGAUGAAUUGUACUACUGGAAAGUGCUGGAAGCUUGUCAAAUGAUUCGCGACAUCGAGAGUCUCCCGGCUGGCGACUUGGCUGAAGCAGGAGAGAAGGGUGAAAUGCUGAGUGGAGGUCAAAGACAGCGAGUAGCCUUAGCCCGAGCGGUCUACUCAAGAAGUGACAUUUACCUCCUGGACGACCCCACCAGCUCUCAAGAUGCCCGUGUUGCACGCGGUAUCCUCGAGCGAGUCAUUGGGCCACGUGGUCUGCUUGGAACAAAGACACGCCUCUUUGUAACCAACAACACGAGGCUACCGUUCAGUCCUGAUCAGUGGGUGCUUAUGAGCGACAGGACCGCAGUGCUCUUCGAAGAUCUGAACAAGCUGAAGCAGCACUCGGGAGCACCAACGGAGCUGUUCAAAGAAUCGAACGGUAAACGAAUCCACCAAAUUGAACCGGAGGAGAGCGCCACGUUCACGGCCGGGCAGUUUGUCUGCAUCAGAGCGUGGGCGGCACUCAAGACCCGUGAAAAUGAUGUGAGCCACUCCAGUCACGACGUAAUAGUAUGGCUUGCCUUGACCUGCAUAGGAGAUGUACUGUCCCGACUGGUCGGAGGAAUUCUGCUCGCUCGGGGCACUCGGCACUGUUCCCUCAGCCUCCACGAGAAGAUGCUUAGUCACGUGGCAAGCAGCCCGCUGUCGUUUUUCGACGCCACGCCACGCGCAAGAAUACUGAACCGCUUUUCCGUGGACCUGGAAAUGAACGACAGCCGCGCAUUCGUCGCCAUGAAGCAGGUGUACCAAACUUUACUUGGCGUCAUUGCACGGCUCGCCGUCAUCGGAACGCAAGCAAUUAUUGUUUUUCUCCUGGCCUGUGGUGCAGAGAUUAUACUUGUCUUCAUAUUGCGCCACGUGAUAACAGCAGCAAUUAUCGGCAGGCAAUACGAGAGUACAAGACUGUCUAGGCUCCUGCAGCACCUCACGGAGACUCUGGAUUCUGUGGGGAUGAUUCGCUGCUACCGGGUAAUGGAGAAAUUUUGCGCCCGUUUCAGGCGACUCAUGAACGACUACACAGAAGCCUUCAACGCCUUCAUUCUGUCAUACUCCUUCACCCGCCUCAUCGUGACCUUUUUUGGCGUGCUUGUUAUUUUCCUUGCCGUGAUCGUCGUUGUGGUGCCGAAUCAAGGGGACCCACAAUCUGCAGCCACGGUUGGCCUGUCGCUCCUAUCGGCUUUGACGGUACCAUUUGCCAUGACGGGUGUCUUCAUGGUCCUAUUUUGGGCUGUUCUGGGGUUUGUGGCGCUGGAGCGUGCACUGGAAUACACGGAAUUGCCUAUCGAAGAGGAUACCUUAUGCGAAAUAGGGCUGCCUUCUGGUAAACUAAACAUGCCGAACGCACGGAUUUUCCUGGAGCCUUACGACGGUUUGUGGCCCACUCAGGGUGUCGUGAAAUUCCAGGACUUCAGUGCAUCCUACCGGCCUGGCGUUGUAGAAGAUACUCUAAAAGACAUCUGCUUCGAGGCAAACGCCGGAGAGAAGGUGGCUGUCGUGGGAAGAACAGGUGCUGGAAAGUCGUCACUUGUGCUAGCGCUUUUGCGAAUGAUUCAAAGGACAUCCGGUGCAAUCACUAUCGACGGAACAGAUAUCUACGAUGUGCCCCUUAAGAGGCUGCGCUCGGCUAUAGCAAUCAUACCACAGGACCCAUCCUUGUUCUGCGGUACUCUGCGCGAAAAUUUGGAUCCUCAAGGUCGCAUGCCCGAUUCUGAGCUUUGGGGUGCCUUGCAGAAAGUGGGGCUCGAAGAAUUCACGAGGAGCAACCCCAGCGGCCUCUCCUUUCUAAUAGCUGAAAAGGCAGAAAACCUAAGUGCCGGCCAGAGACAGCUGGUGUCAUUCGCUCGGGCCUUGCUUCGAGGUACAAAGAUUCUAGUGCUCGAUGAAGCCACUUCACAGAUGGACCAGGAAACAGAUCGCCGGGUGCAGGCGACUCUUCGGGAAAGCUUUUCGCAUUGUACACUAAUCACCAUAGCACACCGCAUCGACACAAUUCUCGAUUAUAACAGAGUCGUCGUCAUGGGAGAUGGUAGAGUUAUAGAAUGUGGACACAUAUAUGACCUCCUCGCUGAUCGAGGCUCCACCUUUCGCAGCAUGGCUGCCGGUGCUGGAAUACCGCUGGAAUAAUCAUCGGCAUUUCGCUUGAGGAUGCAUAUGCUGCCAUUUGGUGGCUGAUCAUGUCACUGUAUUAAAAUCUCAUCACCUCCCUUUAUUGUAAUAUUAUUCUUUUCUUUCACUUCACUUAACAAACGUUGGUUCCGCACACCACUUUUAUUGUUAAAAAGCGCAUGAGUCCUCGAAAUCUUGGCCUAAGGCUUGUCACUUGUGCAUAUUAAACGGCUUUUUUUUUUCA